CAAGGCAGCAAGCUCUCAACACUCACAAGAGCAAAGCCCCAUCCACCAUGUCUGGAAACUGCUGUUCUAGGAAAUGCCCCUCUGUGCCAGCCAUCUCCCUCUGCUCCACUGAUGUGAACUGCAGUGGCCCUGUCUGCCUGCCUAGCUCAUGCCAGAGCCAGACAUGGCAAUUGGUGACCUGUCAAGAUAGCUGUGGAUUGUCAAGCUGUGGCUCCCAGUGCUGUCAGCCCUCCUGCUCCCUGGGCAGCUGUGCCCAGCCUGUGUGCUGUGAGGCCACCAUUUGUGAGCCUGCUUGCUCCAUGAGCAACUGUGCCCAGCCUGUUUGCUGUGAAGUCACCCCUUAUGAGCCCUCCUGCUCCAUGGACAGCUGUGUCCAGUCUUUGUGCUGCACAGCUACAAUUUGUGAGCCUUCUUGCUCUGUGAGCAGCUGCUGCCAACCUGUGUGCUGCGAGACCCCUUCUUGCCAACCAGUUCUCUGUGUGCCCACAUCCUACCAGGCGCUCCUCUGCAAGCCCAGCUGCUGCCAGCCAGUCAUCUGUGAGCCCAGCUGCUGUCCAGCUGUCUGCAGUGUGUCCAGCCCCUGCCAGCCAAUGCUCUGUGAGCCUGCUUGCUGUCAGCCUACAUGUCCCACUCCUAGCUGCUGCCCAUCUGUCUGCUGUGACUCCAGUCCUUGUGAGCCAGCAUGCUCAGAGUCCAGCAGCUGCCAGCCAGCUGCCUGCAUGGCUCUGGUCUGUGAGCCCAUCUGCCUCCAUUCUGUCUGCUGUGUUCCGAGUUCCUCUGAGCCAUCUUGUGUCUCUAACACUUGCCAAGAGCCUUCUUGUAGUGUCUCUAACACCUGUCAGCCCAUCUGCUCUGAGACCAGCUCCUGCUCACCUGGUGUCUGUGUGCCCAGUCCAGGUCAACCCACCUGCUACAUAGUCAAGCGCCGCCAUCCUGUGCCCUGUGAUCCCCGCCCACCUACCUCCUGCCAACCUCUCUGCUGCCGCCGAGGGUCUUCUGCUUCUGCUAUCUGCCAACCCACCUGCACUCGUACUUUCUACAUACCCAGCUCCUGCAAACAGCCUUGCACUACUCCAGUUCCCUACCGCCCUAUCUACCGCCCCAUCUGCUCUGGACCCAUUACCUACAGACAGCCGUAUGUGACAUCUGUCUCCUACCGCCCUGCCUGCUAUCGCCCCUGUUACUCCAUCCUGCGCCGCCCAACCUGUGUGACUUCAGUCUCUUACCGUCCUGUUUGCUCUCACCUGACUAGUGCAGACUCCUGCAAAAGGGAUUGCAGCAAGUCCACUUCUAGUCAGCCUGACUGUGCUGACUCAACACCCUGCAAGGGGGAGGUCUCAGAUGUCAGCCCUUGUCAGCCUGCUGAGGCGAAAUCCAGCAGCCCCACUACCCCUGAGGCUGCCACCAAGUCUGCUGACUGAUAAGCUGACCUUGGCCAGUGAUUCCUGCAGAGCAAGCCAGUAGCUAGGAAGAAAGUUCGACUGCUCUCCCCGAAGCUCUUCAGCACUUAGAAUCACUUGCUUUCUGCACCAUACUUGCCAUAUGCUUAUGCUUUGAAGAGCUAAUCAGAAAUGCCAGUAUCCUACUGGUUGAAACUAAAGCCUCCUAUGUGCCGGAACAUUCAGGGUUCCUGUCUGCUGCUGCUGUCAAGCUGAGACAAGCUGCUUUGACACAUCAACUCAAGCCUCUAUUACAUGUAUAUUCUUCUGCCCUCAUGUGUGUGCUCAUAUUUUGUGUGGACCUCUUCCAUGAGGUGAAGAUAUUUAACUAUCCAAUAAAUAUGGCUGAGUUGAAGUGA